AGUUUAUUAAGAGCUUUUAUUAUAAAUCAUCACUUAGGUGGGAAGGUUUCCAAUGGCUCAACUGUGUCGCUUUUACCACUCAAUUUCAAAGGGGCUUCAGGCUUUUGCAAUUCUAAAACCUUCUUACCCUUUUGCAUCUUUCUCUCAGGCAUUUUAUCAAACACUUUCACUACCCUCUUCUUCAAAGAGUCAAUAUCCACCUUUGAACUUCGAAUUUGAUUUGGAUGAUCCAGCUCUACUGCAAUUCCUCCAAUUGCUCAAAAAGGAUGAUAAACAUUGCCUUUCAUCACUGGAACCAAGUAAAGAUUUGAUAUGUUCCGCAAUUUGGGUCUUAAGGGAAGAUUGGAAACAUGCAUUGCGUGCCUUCGAAUUGAAUAGCUAUUGUAAUGAUGAGAAAGCUUGCAACUUGAUGAUUUGGGUUUUGGGAACUCACGGAAAGUUUUCUACUGCUUGGUCCAUUGUUCGAGAUAUGCACAGCUCGUCUCUCUCCACGCAUCAGGCUAUGCUUAUUAUCAUUGAUAGAUAUGCAUAUGCAAAUAACUCUGCGAAGGCUAUUGAAACAUUCAACUUUAUGAACAAGUUCAGAUUGACUCCUGAUCAGAAAGCAUUCCGUGCACUUUUGACUGCUCUUUGUAAACAUGGUAACGUUGAAGAGGCUGAAGAGUUUAUGCUAGUGAACAAGAAUCUCUUCCCGCUUGAAAUCGAGAGCUUCAACAUUAUUCUUAAUGGAUGGUGUAACAUAACAACUGAUGUAUAUGAAGCAAAAAGAGUUUGGAGAGACAUGUUAAAAUACUGUUUAACACCAGAUGCUACUUCAUAUAGCCACAUGAUUUCCUGCUUUUCAAAGGAAGGGAAUCUUUUCGACUCUCUUAGACUCUAUGAUCAGAUGAAGAAAAGGGAUUGGAUCCCGGGGAUAGAGAUCUACAAUUCUUUAGUGUAUGUCUUAACUCGUGAAAAUUGUCCGAAGGAAGCUCUCAAGACUAUAGAUAAGUUAAAGGAACAAGGUUUGCAGCCUGAUUCUGCCACAUUUAACUCCAUGAUAGUGCCUCUUUGUGAAGCUGGAAAACUAGCAAUGGCAAGAAUAGUGUUGAACACAAUGGUAGAGGAGACUAUUAGUCCAACUGUUGAGACCUACCACGCAUUUUUUGAAGCAGCAGAUUAUCAUGGAACUUUAGAAUUUCUGAGUAAGAUGAAAGGUUCUGGCUUGAGUCCAAAUAAGGAUUCCUUUCUUAUAAUUCUGGAAAAACUCUUUAAGUUGAAGCAGCCUGUAAAUGCAUUGAAAAUUUGGGCCGAAAUGAAGAAAUAUGAAGUGGUGCCCAGUUGUAUUCAUUAUAGAAAAAUGGUUGAAGGGCUUAUAUCAUGCAGGUGGUUCAUAAAAGCCAGGGAUUUUUAUGAGGAGAUGAUCUCAAAUGGAUGUUCCGAAGAUCCAAAGCUUAACAAAAUCCUUCAGAAAGAAGUACUCGGUAGCGGUGAUAAAAGAAAACAGAAUGUUAAAAAGGCUAAUAGUGAUAAAGUGUGAGAGUUUGGAAAGUGAUAAAUUGAAAAAACAAUUUCACCCAGAGCAGAGGAGAUAGAAAAGUUCUCUAUCUUGGAGCAGAGAAACAGAAGCUCCCGAUUUGUAUUUUGCAAUUCUGCAUUCUACCAUUGUGAAUCUUGUAGCAUUUUCAUUGCCAAUAUGGUUAAUUAAAGGCGACAUUUCUCGAGUUCACUCCAUAGUUGUGGUAGUGUGGUUGCAAUCUCUUGACAACCUGCCUAAGUUUUAAAAUUUACUACAAGAGCGGAUGUACUGAAUAAAUUGGUUGCAGCUGCUGCUGCAUGUUCUGGCCUUAUAUUCCAUUGUCUUGAUUGUGUCCUGUGGUUCCUCAUUCAAAAGCAUGAGAAGUUCAUAUUUUGGUUGUCUUCCUGGGAGUUCUAUCUAAUAAAAUUGCAAGGAUUUGCGUUGCAAGAACUCGGCUUGGUCUGACAUUGUAUGUGUGAGUCCAAUUUUCUCCCGCUGAAUAUAAGUCCAAGAAAACACUCUUUGACAUAUAAACUUCCAUAGUGAUCCUUACUCAAAACAAUUAUAAUAUCUUGGUCCCUUUUAAAAUUCAAAGUAUUAGGAAUACCUCCAAAAAUUACUGACAAAGUUAUCAUCAUAUCUUGGUGCUUGAUAUUUUACAGUUUGUGCAUGUGUAUUGAAUACUCUAUCUGCAUGUUGGUUAAUACUUUAAAAAUAAGAAUGUGUAGAUUGAUUUCAUUCACUACUCAUAACUUAGAUGCGCCGAUUUCUCAGUUA